AUGGACGUCCUCGCACGCCUCAACGCCGCGCUGCAGGCCUUGCGCCAGCCGCCUCCACAGUACAACUUCAACUCCGUAACCACGGUAACCGCCCGCAUGGAGCUCCAUCCAAACACCAUGCACCUCCUCAGCUCCGACUCCUACCUCAACUCCAACGUGCAGUCGGCUCUGAAGAAAGGCGGAAAGGGCACGGACAAGCACAGCGCCAAAGUGAAGGCUGCGCUUAACGUCGUGGAAGCACUAGAGUCCCUAGUGAAGCAGCAGCAGAAAGACAGCGCGAGCAGCGCGAAGCAGAAGUCCGCAGGCAGCACAAAGCAGAAGAAGGACAAGAAAUCGGGCAAGAACAAGGAGAGUACCCAGGGAAAGGAUGUCGAUGUCGGUCAAGGCGAUGUAUGGGACAAUGAAGGUGGGAGCGAGGAGGACGAGUUGGAGAUCGUGCAGCCGCAUGGAGUCAGACGGGGUAAGAGAGGCAAGGGCAAGAAGCAGGACAAUCAGAGCGGCACGGGCUGUGAGGAGAACGGUCAUGGCAAGACGACCAGCGUCGGCAAGCGUCUCAAGGUCAUCAGAGUUCUCCACGAGGCAGACAUCUCUGGCACCGAAGAUGGUCAGCAGAGGAUUGUUCGUGCAGGGGAGAAACCAUUGAAGAUCAUCAGGAUCCGUGCGAGUGCCGACGAUUCCGGCGAGGAAGUUGAUUCGCAAGUCGACGACAGCACGGAUGAUCAACCACUCAAGCUCGUCCGAGUCCGCCGUCCUCCCACGGCCAACGCCCAGAACGAUGCCAUACAGCAGAAGCGACCUCGACGUGUCAAGGUGGCCGUCGCCCAGGAUCAUGACAGCGGCAACAGCGACCACUCUGAGUCUCCCGAGCCCGCAACACAGAACCACGCCCAGGACAGCACCACCACUACACAGGCCCCCUCGCUUGGAGCAACACUGUCUGGGGAAGUACAACAAGCUCAGGCCCGGAUUCAUUCGCAGGCCCAAGCGCAUGCUCAGAACGUCCCUUCCACGCCUUCCUCAAGACGCCGUCACGCGUUGGUGUCUCACGGCGAAUACACCAUCCCGGAGCAAUCCGGAGAACUUGAAGAAGGCGAGAUCGACAGCGGCGCGGAAGAGAUGGACAUAGACCCGCCGACGCCUCUCCAACAGACCCCGUCCAAGCGUAAGCGCAGCGAGGCCGAGUGCGAGCGGGAGCGAAAGCGCAAAGAUCUGAGGAGGGCAUAA